CUCCUCCUUUAUUUCUUCCCACAGUAUUCUCUCUCCUCCACCACUUCGAUCCCUCCUCCCAUGGCUUCUUCCACUAACCCUGCUGCACCACCUUCCGGCGACCUCCAGCUGCAGCAGAUCAUCGGCAUCGACCACGUCGGAGAGGACAGCUCCCUCUUCGACUACUCGAAGCGGGCGCAAUGGUUGCGGGCAGCUGUGCUCGGGGCCAACGACGGGCUCGUGUCCACCGCGUCGCUGAUGAUGGGCGUGGGAGCCGUGAAGCAGGACAUUAAGGCAAUGAUCUUGACCGGGUUUGCGGGGCUCGUGGCCGGGGCUUGCAGUAUGGCGAUAGGAGAGUUUGUGUCUGUGUACUCUCAGCUCGACAUAGAGGUUGCUCAGAUGAAGAGAAGGGCGGUGAAAGGCGGGGGAAUGGAGGAGCAGGAGGGGGAGAGGGAGCGGCUGCCGAACCCGAUGCAGGCGGCAGCCACGUCAGCUCUCGCGUUUUCGGCUGGAGCCAUGGUGCCACUCCUGGCGGCCUCGUUUAUAAAGGAGUAUAGAGUGAGGAUUGGGGUGGUGGUGGCGGCGGUGAGCGUGGCUUUGAUGGGGUUCGGGUGGCUCGGGGCGGCUUUGGGACGGGCGCCGGCGGCGAGACCGGCCGGUAGGGUUUUGGUUGGUGGCUGGCUGGCUAUGGCCAUAACAUUUGGGUUAACCAAGUUAAUUGGGUCAAGUGGACUUUGAUUGUGAACUUACCCACCCGCUUUUAACUAAAUCCUAUUUUCAUUUCAUUUCCCACAUCCAUCCUCAUCUGGCUUUCUUAGACUGAUGCAUUUCGACAUGACUUCGACUCCUCUGCUAUAUGUACUUUGUUGCUUUUCUUUUGAAUUUUUUUUUACGUCUUUGCAUGGCAGAAGGGUGUGUUUAGGUAAUUGGAACCUAAGGCUGGCUUGAAAGAAAAAAAUAAUUUUGUGAAAUGGGAAAGCUAGCACUGGUAGCUUUAGCUUUGUUUGGAUGUAACUUAUCUUGUAUGAUGGCACCAAUCAAAAAAAUAGUUGGAUGCUUUAAUUUGUGGGAAUAAAAUCUGCAUUAUUUCUUUCUAAUUCCAAA